ACAGCACAGUAGCAAGGAUAUGUCCGUGUUUUCUCGCCCUUCGUCCCCAUGUCCGCUCCUCGCUCUUCACUCACCACGUCAGCUUUCUUGUACGCCCAGCCCCCAGACCUCUAUACAAAACGGCCUGGAUCGUACUCUUUUCCCGCUCACCUUAGGAUCUAUUUUCUUACCCCCAUUCCUGACCAUCGGGACAAAGGUACCCUUCUCUUGGCAUUCAUUAGCAACUGCGUAGCUUGAAGCAGGCAUACGACUCGGCUUACAUUCCUACCGUAGAACCAGCGACCAAAACUGACAGUACUGCACGAAGUGACUGGCUGAGUUGAGCUCAUACCACUGCCAGCAAACUCAGGUUUCCCGCGCAUCACUGAUCCCCAUGAAGACAUUCGCGGUUCUUUUCCUUCUCCUCCUCGUGGUUUCAACCUGGACCGUCGCGCCCACAUACGCUGCGCGCAUAUUAGCGGCCACGUCGGACUCGCCGGCUCUCGGGGCAGGGGAGCUCAUAUCGACGUACAUGGGAGUCGGAGGCUCCUCUGGCGAAAUUACUACCAGCACUACUCGCUCUGUUACCGACGACCCCGGGUCGCUGACUCCAAAUCCGAGUCGCACGCGGCGCGUUCUACAGAGCGACCUCCUGUACGAGGAUGAGGAGGAUAACGGUGACGGCGGAUGGAGCGGCGACGACUCGGGAAGCGGGUGGGAAGGCCCCCAUGCCGACUGGGGCUACGUCGGCUCGACUGACACGGGCGGAAGCACGGAGCCUUGGACGGGCGACUCGUCGGGAGACGACUCUUCAACGGACGACUCGAUAACGGACGACUCGAUAACGGACGACGGAAGCAGCGGGGACGGCGGCGGCGGCGGCUUCUGGGAAGAUCUCUGGAACAAGUGGGGGUGGGACUCCGACUCGUCUGACUCCGGCUCGUCCGACGAGCCAGACCCCGGAACGGACUGGGGCGACGAUGGCGGCAGCAGUGGGUGGACGGGCGACUCGUCGAACGACGGCAGUGGUGGGGGAGGCGACGAUUGGUCGGGCGAUGGGUCGGACGACGGGUCGGGUGGCGAUGAUUGGUCGGGUGUCGGGGGAAACGAUGAUUGGUCGGGCGACGACGGGUCUGGUGAUGGGUCUGGCGAUGGAUCUGGCGACGGGUCUAACGGCGGCGGAUCGAGUGGAAAAGGAUGGGGAAAUCCGUACCCUGGGUAUGGCUGGAUCGGCUCGACUGAUACAGGUGGCAGCACGGACAGCGGUGAGGACACACAGUAUCGCAGCAUGUACCGACGAUGGCAGUAGUAGCAGUGCCCCCCUGACGUCCCCACUUCCGUGCUUUUAAUUUUUAUCAAAAGCUGGCCCACAUGCCUGGGGAUUGCAUGUGGUUGUGCCAGCUCUGCUUGGUAACGCACCUGAGACUGGGGGCUGCAAGUAUCAUGCAGGGGGUAAUGAUGCUGCAUGGUAGGCUGCAAUUGAAGAAAUAACUAGCACCAACGUUGUACGUGAAGGUGCUACGGAUGAUAUUUUUGGUGUGGUUCUUAUUUGAUACGGGGAUGUGUGUUCUUGGCUGGAGUUCAGAGUUGAAGUGUAACCAUUUAGUUCUACGUUA